UCGCGCGCAGGGCGUGUCCUCGCAGGCCCCGGGCCGAGCGUUCUCUGUACUCCGAGUGAUCGCUCCUACCGUGGCUGCCGGGGCUGGUAUUUCAAAGCGUGGUUGGUGAGUGCUCCGUGAAGCAUAGCCGGAGGGUGUGGGGAGCAGUGUCCUGAGUUCCUCGCUCACUGGUGUUCCUAGUCUCCAAGCUGGCCUCAGGGACGCCCAGGAGGCAGAGCCUGAGAUCUGGUGGCUCUGAGAACCAUUUUGACCACUGCUUAAGCUUCUGUAGUUGGAGUGGCAAGAUCCCACCUGCUAGGUGAAGGGCAGAGAGUGACUUUUGACCUGUACCUGCUGGUCCUGACUUGAGAGGCCCAGGAUGGGUGAAUUCAAUGAGAAGAAGGCAACAUGUGGCACAGUCUGCCUCAAGUACCUGCUCUUUACCUACAACUGCUGCUUCUGGCUGGCCGGCCUGGCUGUCAUGGCAGUGGGCAUCUGGACACUGGCCCUCAAGAGUGACUACAUUAGUCUGCUGGCCUCAAGCACUUACCUAGCCACGGCCUACAUCUUAGUGGUGGCUGGUGUUGUUGUCAUGGUGACUGGAGUCCUGGGCUGCUGUGCCACUUUCAAGGAGCGACGGAACCUGUUACGCUUGUACUUCAUCCUGCUCCUCAUCAUCUUCCUCCUGGAGAUCAUUGCUGGCAUCCUGGCCUAUGUCUAUUAUCAGCAGCUGAACACAGAGCUCAAGGAGAAUCUGAAGGACACCAUGGUCAAGAGAUACCACCAGUCAGGCCACGAGGGUGUGAGCAGCGCUGUCGACAAGCUGCAGCAAGAGUUCCACUGUUGUGGCAGCAACAACUCUCAAGACUGGCAAGACAGCGAGUGGAUCCGCUCUGGUGAGGCAGACAGCCGCGUGGUUCCUGACAGCUGCUGUAAGACUAUGGUAGCUGGCUGUGGUAAGCGGGACCAUGCCUCCAACAUCUAUAAAGUGGAGGGUGGCUGUAUCACUAAGCUGGAGACCUUCAUUCAGGAGCACCUGCGGGUCAUUGGGGCGGUGGGCAUUGGCAUCGCCUGUGUGCAGGUCUUCGGCAUGAUCUUCACCUGCUGCUUGUACCGAAGCCUCAAGCUGGAACACUACUGACCACGAUGAUGUCAGGCCGGGCGGCCAGCCUUGCACUACUGACCACGAUGAUGCCAGGCUGGGCGGCCAGCCUUGCACUAUGUCCCAGCCCCACUACUGAACACUACUGACUUAGACUGCUGACUGCCAGAGGUAGCUACCCUCAUGCCAUCGCCAUGACCCCCCCUGGCAUGCCACCUCAGGGGCAUGCACCUUCAAGUGCCUUUCACUGCACACCAAAGUCCCAAAGCUCGAAGCAGCGUACUUGCCCCAGCAUUAAGAAGGGGGGGGGGGGUGGGGGGUUCAAAUGCCAGUGUUGGGCUAGGCCUGGCUAGUAGAAUAGGGUUUAGAUUAUUUGACAGAAGUGCCUCUUAUGCAGACUGCUUCCCUUUGGGUAGCUGUGAUCUGCAGUAAGUCUGGGGAGAACCUGAGUACACCACUACACGUUGGGUAAAAGCAGGUGGGGCCUUUCUGGUUGGAUUAGGCACCCUUCAUGCCUGCUACCAGGAACUCUCAGAUCUGCUUGCCCCAAACAAAUGGUGUAAGCUGAGGGAAACUCCAACCCCACACUUGAUGCUCUGUCCUCUCCACACAGGCCUCUUGCUCCUAACAGCUCAGCCCUGGCCUUUUCUCACUACUGAUAGCAUCAUGUAAAUGCUCCAUGUUCCUGUACACUGUCUCCUUUUGGAGCAUCUCUGAAUGGAGCAUGGCUGUUUUCAUCUCACUGCUGUAUUCCAGAUGCUGCCCACAAAUGCUCCUGCUAUGUAACAGGUGCUCAAUAAAUGUAAAUGUAUAAGCACUCGAA